CCGCCGCAGCGAGCGCCGGCGGGAGCGGGCUCUGCUCGGCGCGGCUCUGAUCCGCUCGGCUCGGCACCCAGCUCCAGCUCCGCUACUGCUCCCGUACGUCAUGCCCGGCCCAUCCACGGUGCCGCCGGCUCGGAGCGCCUGAGUGGCCGGCGUUGGCGUGGGCGCAGGGGGUCCGCGGCUCCGGUGCGCGCACCAGCUUGCCCGCCCGCCGCCGCCGGGGCAGCCCGGCGGGAACUGUCCGCAUGAGGGCGGCGGGGCCCUGAGGCGGGCGGCCGGAGGCCGUCGGGGCGCGGCGCAGCAGGGCGGCCGGAGGGGGCGGUGGCGGCGAUGGGGGCUCUCCCGGCGCUGCUGGGGGCCGCCUUGCUGUGGGCCGGCGCCGGGGCCCUGGUGAACCUCAAGUACACGGUGGAGGAGGAGCAGCGGGCCGGCACAGUUAUCGCCAACGUCGCCAAGGACGCCCGGGACGCCGGUUUCGUGCUGGACCCCCGGCAGCCAGCUGCCUUCCGGGUGGUCUCUAACUCGGCUCCCCACCUGGUGGACAUCAGCCCCGGGUCGGGGCUGCUAGUGACCAAGCAGAAGAUCGACCGGGACCUGCUGUGCCGGCAGAGCCCCAAGUGUGUUAUCUCGCUGGAGGUGAUGUCCAGCUCCAUGGAGAUCUGCGUGAUCAAACUGGAGAUCAAGGACCUCAACGACAAUGCACCCAGCUUCCCCACUGACCAGAUCGAGCUUGAAAUCUCAGAGACAGCCAGCCCUGGCACCCGGGUGCCACUGGAGAGUGCCUAUGACCCAGACUCGGGCAGCUUUGGUGUACAGACCUAUGAGAUCACCCCCAAUGACCUCUUUGGGCUGGAGACCAAGACGCGGGGUGAUGGGUCUCGCUUUGCUGAGUUGGUGGUGGAGAAGAGCCUGGACCGUGAGACCCAGUCCCACUACAGCUAUGUGAUCACAGCGCUGGACGGUGGUGACCCGCCCAACUUUGGCACAGUGGAGCUCAGCAUCCGUGUCAUUGACUCCAAUGACAACAACCCUCUCUUUGAGGAGCCGGCCUACACCGUCAGCGUGCCUGAAAAUGCUCCACCAGGUACACCAGUCAUCCGCCUCAAUGCCUCUGACCCUGAUGAGGGCACCAAUGGCCAGGUCCUCUACUCUUUCCAUAGCUACGUCUCUGAGCGGGCCCGGGACCUCUUCCAGAUUGACCCCCAGAGCGGCCUUAUCACAGUGAGCGGUGCUAUCGACUAUGAGGAGGGUCAUGUCUACGAGCUGGAUGUGCAGGCCAAGGACUUGGGGCCUAACUCCAUCCCUGCCCAUUGCAAAGUAACUAUCAGCGUCCAGGAUGCCAAUGACAACCCACCCCUCAUCAACCUGCUCUCUGUCAACAGUGAGCUGGUGGAGGUGAGUGAGAACGCCCCACCAGGGUAUGUCAUCGCCUUGGUGCGGGUCUCAGACCGUGACUCUGGGGCCAAUGGGCGGGUGCAGUGUAAGCUCCUGGGCAACGUGCCUUUUCGGCUCCAGGAGUAUGAGAGCUUCUCCACCAUCCUGGUGGAUGGACGUCUUGACCGUGAGCAAAGGGACCAGUACAACCUCACCAUCCAGGCCAAGGACAAUGGCGUCCCCUCCCUGCAGGCCACAAAGUCCUUCACUGUCAAGAUCACUGAUGAGAAUGACAAUCAUCCCCACUUCUCCAAGCCCUAUUACCAGGUCAUUGUGCAGGAGAACAACACUCCGGGGGCCUACCUCCUCUCAGUCUCAGCCAGGGACCCUGACCUGGGCCUCAAUGGCAGUGUCUCCUACCAGAUUGUACCCUCACAAGUCAGGGACAUGCCUGUCUUCACCUAUGUCUCCAUCAACCCCAACUCUGGAGAUAUCUAUGCUUUGAGGUCCUUCAAUCAUGAGCAGACGAAGGCCUUUGAGUUCAAGGUCUUGGCAAAAGAUGGGGGUAAUCCCUCUCUGCAGAGCAAUGCCACUGUGAGAGUGAUUGUCCUGGACGUCAACGACAACACCCCCGUGAUCACAGCCCCACCGCUGGUCAACGGGACUGCGGAGGUGUACAUCCCUAGGAAUGCAGGGGUAGGCUACUUGGUGACGGUGGUCAAAGCAGAUGACUAUGAUGAGGGUGAAAAUGGCAGACUUUCUUAUGAAAUGGUGGAAGGAGACAGAGGUUUUUUUGAGAUAGACCAGGUCAAUGGAGAGAUAAGGACCACCAGAGCCUUUGGGGAAAACGCAAAGACAGCCUACGAGCUGAUCGUGGUGGCUCACGACCAUGGAAAAACAUCUCUCUCGGCUUCUGCCUUGAUUUUGAUAUACCUGUCUCCAGCCCUGGAUGCCCAGGAGUCCAUAGGAUCUGUUAACCUCUCCCUGAUUUUCAUUAUCGCCCUGGGGUCUAUCGCAGCCAUUCUUUUUGUCACCAUGAUCUUCGUGGCAGUCAAGUGCAAAAGGGAUAACAAGGAAAUCAGGACCUACAACUGCAGAAUCGCAGAGUACUCCUACGGGCAUCAAAAGAAAUCAAGCAAGAAGAAGAAAAUCAGCAAGAAUGAUAUCCGCCUGGUACCGCGGGACGUGGAAGAGACGGAUAAAAUGAACGUUGUGAGCUGCUCCUCUCUUACUUCAUCCCUCAACUACUUCGACUACCACCAGCAGACCCUGCCACUGGGCUGCCGCCGCUCCGAAAGCACCUUCCUCAACGUGGAGAGCCAGAACAACCGGAACGCCGGCUCCAACCACAUCUACCAUCACACCUUCACGGGGCAGAGCCCCCAGCAGCCUGACCUCAUCAUCAAUGGGAUGCCGCUGCCGGAGACUGAAAACUACUCCUUUGAUUCCAACUACGUGAACAGCAGAGCUCAUUUAAUAAAGAGCAGCUCUACAUUCAAGGACUUGGAGGGGAACAGUCUGAAGGACAGCGGCCACGAGGAGAGUGACCAAACGGAUAGCGAGCAUGAUGUGCAGCGGGGCCUCUACUGUGACACGGCCGUCAACGACGUGCUGAACACCAGCGUCCCCUCCAUGGGCUCCCAGGGCCCUGAGCAAGAUCAGAGCGAAGGAUUUCAUUGCAGGGAGGAGUGCCGCAUUCUGGGCCACUCGGACAGGUGCUGGAUGCCUCGCGGUGCUGUCCCCAGCCGCGCCAAGUCCCCUGAGCACGGGAGGAACGUCAUUGCCCUCUCCAUCGAGGCAACGGCGGUGGACACAGAGCCUUACGCAGACUGCAGCAGCACAAAAAGGACCUUCGCCACCUUCGGCAAGGAGGGCGGUGAGCCCCUCGCUGACGAGCGGCUUGCCAACCCCAAAGGCAAAAGAACGGUGGACCCGGCCGCCUGCAGCCCCAAGGUCAGCGGCGCCGUCCGUGAGGCGGGCAACGGCUGCGAGGCCGUAAGUCCUGUCACCUCACCCCUCCACCUGAAGAGCCCUUUGUCCGGCAAGCCAGUGGCACCGUACGGUGCCGGGCACUGUGCCGGCAACCGGGAACGGGAGCCCUUUGGGAACAAUGGCCCUUCCCGGCCAACCGAGGCAGAGCCUCGGGGGGCGGACAGUGAGAGUGGAGGGCAGGAGGGCAACCCACUCCUUCAGGAACGCCGGGACAAGGACUCGCCUGGCGCCCGGAGACUAAAAGACAUCGUCCUCUAAGUGACACCUGGUGAGAGGAGAGAGGAGGAGGAGGAGGAAGAGCAGGAGGAUGAGGAGGAUGAGGGACCGCACAACUCCCAGCGCAGAUUGUUUUUAUGGCUUACCAAUGGUUCACAGAUUGCUGUAUUUAAAAGCUUUCCCUAAAUGUAUUGUUUAUAAAUGAAGCUAUCGUUAAUGUGACAAUCCCACUCGUCUCAGCAGGCAGCAGGGGUGUGCAGCUGGGGCAAAGGAGCUGGUGGUUUGCUUUUGCCGGGAGGCGGUGGGUGGCAGGGGGGUGGAGGGGGCAGAGGUGAGAGACCCCUUUCCCUGGUCCUCAGGAGCGCUCGAUAUUCCCCUCCUCGGAGUUGAUAUAUUUUUAUAUCUCCAAAUGAAGAUCAAUUUCCGUUCCUGGAAAGAAUGGAAUGGUAAAUUCCUUAUCCGGACAUCUUUAGUAAUCAGCCCGGCGGUUCUGUAGCCUGGACAAAAUAGAGGCCGCUGCUUGUGUGCAACUGUUGGGAGCGACAGUAGGGUGGGUUUCAAUAUUCACCCAGCACAAGGUUGGUUGUAUUUGAAGAUGUUGCUAUUUUGCUAUGGACACCCCUGCAUUUAUGAAUCCUUUUGCUGUCACAUGCUUAUCUGUACUAUUACUGUAUUUGAUAUUGCAAAUUACUGUAUGUCUAGUGAUGGCAAAAGGCUUUCAAGCUUAAAAAAAAAAAAAACAAUCAAAAAAGGAAAAAAAAAAAAAAGGAAAGAAAAAAAGAAAGGAAAAAAAAAAUCACAAACAUCUUAUUGAAACUUUGGGGAACCUGCAGUUUUCAGACCCGGUGGAGCAAGUACUUCUUCCAGCCCCACCAUUGCCUGCGGCCUCCCCCGGCUCUUGCAGGGCAGUGACAGGGCAUUAGGGGAAGACAUUUUUCUGGGGGAAAAUUCUGCCUGGAUUGCAAUUGUCAGAUGCACUGUGCUGAACUUCUUCCCCUUCUCUGCUUCUUUUGCAUUAUUUCAAGGCAAUGCAUGGAAAGUUUUUCAAGAAGUUGGUCGUUCUGUUUCUUAUCCAGUUCCCAGGUUGAGCUAUGCCCCUCCCCGUCUCCAAUCAUUUCCAAGUCAAAGUCAUGGAAUUAAUUUGAGAGAUCUAAAUUACCUUCUCAAUUAGACACACACUUGCAAGUUAGCAUUUCCCAGCCGUGCUUCUGCCAAGUUUGUGUGUCUUUUGUAUGUCACCAUGGCAUGGCUUUUAGACUGUCCUGGUUUCUUUUUAUCCCUGCAUCAUAAGUAAGUAUGGAAUGAGCAAUAGUGAUGUUAAUUUAGGGGCAGACAGGUGAUAAUGUAACAACACUACUAAUUUAAUUAAUGUGCCUUCUUAAUGGAGAAAAAAGUGAAAGCAUUUCAUUCUUUUUUCUCAUAAUUAAGGACUUUUUUAUUUUGUGUGUGUGUGUGGGUACAAAUUUACUCAUAUAAAAUUGGUUUUAAAAUGGAGCUACUUUAAUAGCCUUUUUGUAGAAGGGAGAGAGGGAAGGGUUUCACAACUCUCCACUCUCUUGCAGUGAUAAUUCCUCAGUGAGGUAUGAGUAAGGUAGGAGGACUUCAGUUAGCUAGUAUUAUUAUUGUUAUUAUUAUUAUUAUUAUUAUUAACCCUUCACCAAACAGAUUUUCCUACCCUAAAUAAUGUUUCCUAGACUAUAAAAUCGAUUUUGGAAGGGAAAAUAUAUAGCUCUUGCCAAUGUUUGCUGUACCAGCAAGUUGAAAUUAGUGGUUUCUAGAGAAAUAGUCUUUCUAGGGUCUACAUAUCAUGACAAAAUAUUUGUUAUUUUGAUUUAUUUAAAUUAAAAAUGUCAACAAGAAAACAAGCUCCAGUCAUUAUUAUCCUCAAAAUAAAAUUAAGCUCCAGCCAUUAGUUUCUUCAGGGCAGCCUGAUCCUGCCCGAAGCUGUAGCUGGUCUGAGACAGGUCUGCAGUCAAGUCUGUUCCCCCUGUCACUUGCUAGGGCCAGGAAUUGGGAGAGAACCGACAAAACAUGGUUGUCUAAUGAAAUUUGUGAUGCUUCCCUCACUGGUGUUGAUGACUACCUCAUUCAGCUCCCAUCCCACACAUUAACGUGAUGUCCUGCAUCCCUCUGGAAAGUGAACUGGGGGUUUUCCCUUCUGUUCUGGAGUUUAAACCCAUUUUUCAGGGAUAUGUUAUUUCUGUUCCUGCAGCCUUUCCUGCCUGUGUACUGUUACUGCUGUCAUUUAUUUCUGUUUCUUUUCCCCCAAAUGUGUGUAUUAUUGUAACACAAGCAAAGAAGAAAGGGGCUGACUUGGGGCUGUUGGAGUAACUGGAUUUUUUGUGACUGUUAGCCUGGGUUUAUUCUGAUGUUCACCUCUUUGUGUCAGCUCUGAAUGGUAUUCUGGGGCAGGGGGGAAGCCUCUCAUAUGCUUUUGCUGAGUGACAGAGCCUGUGAUGCCCCAUCUGUCAUGACAGAUCCUCUUGGCUUCACAGGGCCGGGUCCCCACAUUGCCUCAUCAUCCACCCACCACCUCUGGCAGGAUGGAAUCCAGCUCUCCCACUGCCCAGCACAGGGAUGGGGAGCCUGUGCCUUCCCUUUUCCCUGGGCACCCCAUCAUCAUCCCUCGCUGCCUGAAAAGCACCGGCCGUUAAUUUCUGCUAAGCAUUGCCCUCUGCCUGUGGAGCUGCCACCACCAGCCUGGUGUUUGGGAUGAAAAAUAGAUGCUAACUGAAAAGGAAGAAAGUGGGGGGGGGGA